AGUAGUAUACUAGUAGCUAGAGCCGUAGCCUUCCCGGCCCCGGCCUCCUCUCCCCCUCCCUCCAUCUCCGUGAAAGCAUCGGCGCAAAAACUAGUUGACCUCACCAUGCCGUGCGCUGGCUCCUAUUAAUAACCCUCGUCUUCCUCGCGCUCCUCCUCGAUAUCCCUCUCGGUAGACGGUCCUAGCUUGCAACCGAUCCGUCCACCCACCCAUCGGUGGCUGGCCGCUAGCUGCUGCUUCCACUGCUGGCCGUGCUCGACUACCUGUUCCAUAGCCGUGGACCGUGGAGGUCGGCAGCAGCAGCUAGCCAUCGGUCCUCUCUAGCUCCCCUGCCGAUCGACUGAUCCGAGGGGAUCCAAAGCGAGCUUCGUGCUGGCGGCGGCGGAGAUGAAUUCGCUCAGCAUGGUGGAGGCGAGGCUGCCGCCGGGGUUCAGGUUCCACCCGCGGGAUGACGAGCUCGUGCUCGACUACCUGUCCAGGAAGCUCAGCGGCGGCGCCGGAGGAGCGGCGGCCGCGGUGUCGAGCAUCUACGGCUGCCCCGCCAUGGUUGACGUCGACCUCAACAAGAUCGAGCCCUGGGACCUCCCCGAAAUUGCAUGCAUUGGCGGCAAGGAGUGGUACUUCUACAGCUUAAGGGACAGGAAGUAUGCUACAGGCCAGAGAACAAAUAGAGCAACUGAAUCAGGCUACUGGAAGGCCACCGGGAAAGACCGUUCGAUAAGCCGGAAAGGAUUACUAGUUGGAAUGAGGAAAACUCUCGUGUUCUAUCAAGGCAGAGCCCCUAAAGGGAAGAAAACUGAGUGGGUCAUGCAUGAAUUCCGCAGAGAAGGGCAAGGCGAUCUGAUGAAGUUGCCACUCAAGGAGGACUGGGUCUUGUGUAGGGUUUUCUACAAGACUAGGGCAACCAUUGCCAAGCCACCCACAGGGAGCAGCUACAACAUUGACAGUGCAGCCGCAACCUCGCUGCCUCCCCUCAUUGACAACUACAUUGCAUUUGAUCAUCCUGGAAUGUCGGCGGUGCAAAACCUAGAGGGUUAUGAGCAAGUGCCCUGCUUCUCCAAUAAUCCCUCCUCUCACCCAUCGUCGUCGGCCUCGAUGAACAUCCCGGUGACAGCGAUGCCACCCAUGGCUGCUGAUCAGGAGCAGCAGCACAUGGGGAAGGCGAUCAAGGACGCGUUGAGCCAGCUCACCAGGUUUGAGCAAGGCAACGUGAAGAGGGAGGCGCCUACCCAGGGUGGUGUGUUUGCUCAAGAUGGGUUCGAGUACUUAGCUGAGAGUGGCUUCUCACAGAUGUGGAACUCGCUCAAUUGAUUUUCUAGCUAGGGGUAUUAUUGCUACCAAACAAGGAUGGAUAUCUUGAAAAGAAGAUCUAGACUUGGGUGUGUGUGCCUAUGUGCUAUUGCAUGCAGUUGUGGUAUAUAUAUAGCUAGUAGUGCUAUCAUUCUAGUUCACAUUAUUUCUCAGAGAGAAAAGGAGGCGUCAGAGGAGAUAGCUGAUAUAUCUCAUCAAUGGUAUAAAUCUGUAUAUACAUUAUUUGUGUACGACUAUGGAUAAGAUGGAAAAAAUAGUGUCUGGUGCUAGAAUUUAUAAACUAAUAUGUCAAAACAUAAAUUUUGUGGUUCGUAUUAUA